AUGUCUCUAUCAUCCACCGCCACACCUCACACCAAACCCCGACACAGGACGUGGACUCGGGAUGGGUUUUUGAUCUCGACGGACCCGUCUCUCAUCGACAUCCCCACGCUCCAACGCGCCUUCGACUCAGAGGACAUGUACUGGGCCAAAUCCCUCCCCGAGGCAGACAUGCGGACCAUGGUCGACAGGUCGUUGUGUUUUGGUUUGUAUCCGCCCACGCCGUCGCCGCCGUCGCCUCCCGUAUCACCAUCGUCAGCCAGUGACGGUACCGCACCUCCAGACCCGGCGAGUACACCACUCCAUGAAAUCGCCGAGAGGGUACGUCAACAUCAGCGUCGGCGUCAGCGACUCACGACGGCACCGUCUCAUGUUGGUGGUGGUUCCAGUGGAAGCUCUUCCUCUUCCUCAUCACCAUCAUCAGCGGCAUCACCGCUGAUUGGAUUCGCUCGAGGAAUCACCGACGGCGUCACCUUCUUUUACCUCACCGACGUCUACGUCUCGUCGGAAUGGCGCGGCCAGGGACUUGGGAAGUGGUUGGUCCAAUGUGUCCAGGAGGCCAUCGAGGACAUGCCACACCUCAGGAGGAGCAUGUUGAUCGUCGCCCAGGGGAACAAGGAAAACGCAGAGGCGUUGUACUCCAGGUUGAUGAAGAUGGAGCGCUUCGGCCAUGCAGCGGUGCCUUUGAACUGGAAGGGGCCCGGGUGUUGUUUUUAA